UGCAGAGAGAGAGAGAGACGUAAAAGAGCAGGAAGUCAAGUGAAACGUAAAAGAAGGAAGAAAAAAGGACUGAGACCGGAGAUCAUUCCGGGAGGAAGAGAGAAGCAACGAUGACUGACUAUUCGGCCACCGGUGCUGUAGAAAAUGGUUCUCUCGCCUUCAUCGAGCACAAGGCCUAUGCUAGGGUCGGCCUCCUCGGAAACCCUAGCGAUGUCUACUACGGCCGGACUAUCUCUUUCAGCCUCGGCAAUUUCUGGGCUUCUGUUCGGUUGGAGCCGUCUGAACAUCUCGUCAUCCGUCCUCACCCUAUUCAUGAUCUCGUUCAGUUCAAUUCAAUUACUCAUAUGGUAAAUCGGUUGCAAAGUGAAGGUUACUAUGGAGGGGUGCGCUUGCUUAUGGCUGUUUGCAAAGUUUUUUACAAUUAUUGCAAGGAUAACAAGAUUGAUCUUAAUGGUGGCAAUUUUACACUCUCAUAUGAUACCAACAUUCCUCGCCAGACAGGGCUUUCUGGUUCCAGUGCCAUUGUUUGUGCUGCUUUAAGUUGCUUACUUGAUUUCUACAAGGUCAGACACCUGGUUAAAGUUGAGGUCAGGCCCAAUCUAAUUCUUAAUGCAGAAAAAGAACUUGGAAUUGUUGCUGGUCUUCAAGAUCGGGUCGCACAGGUCUAUGGCGGCCUUGUAUACAUGGAAUUCAACAAGGAGCACAUGGAUAACUUGGGACAUGGUUUGUAUACUCCCAUGGAUAUUAGUCUCCUUCCUCCUCUCUAUCUCAUUUACGCUGAAAACCCAAGUGAUUCUGGCAAGGUACAUAGUACUGUUCGCAAGAGGUGGCUUGAUGGUGAUGAGUUUAUCAUAUCAUCAAUGACAGAAGUUGCAAAUAUUGGUUUAGAAGGACGUACAGCCCUACUUGAGAAGGACUACAACAAACUUGCAGACCUCAUGAAUCGUAAUUUUGAUCUUCGAAGGCGGAUGUUUGGGGAUGAAGCCCUUGGUGCUAUGAACAUAGAGAUGGUAGAGGUGGCUAGAAAGGUGGGAGCCGCGUCAAAAUUUACUGGAAGUGGUGGAGCCGUGAUUGCGUUCUGUCCAGAUGGACCUUCACAAGUGAAGCUUCUUGAAGAUGCUUGCCAGAAGGCAGGAUUCAUUGUUCAGCCAGCAGUAGUUGUCCCUUCUUUUCUAAAUGAUGUUGAUCUCAAGACUCUUUCCUCCAGAUGACUAGCUGUAUAUUUUAGAGAACUCUGGUGUCGAUGAUGUCUUUUUUCAUGCUUGUCAUAUUUACUAGUCAGCCAUUCAUUUUUGACUUCUGUGUUUUUAAUUUAAUAGUAAUAAAAUAUCCCAUUUCUUCUCA